CCCAUCUUACCACCAUCUUUGCCGAUUAUCAUUCUCAUCAUCAUCACCAAUCGCCAAUCACCAAACAGCCACAAUAAAUAAACGGAGGGCUUCUUUUCGGGAACCGGUUCUGCUCCUUCUCUCGGAUCCCAUUCUUUGCUCAUCCGUUCCUCAUGCUCUGUUAGCCCGUUCUUGAACUGAUGGCCUGACAUCCAGUAAAGAAGAGGAAGCUUCGCAGAAGGAGGGCUUGAAGGAAGACUAAAAAAAGGGAAAAGAGCAGCCACAAAAGAAAAGAAGGGAAGAUAUGGUUUUCUUUUUCUGGGCUCUACCGAUUUGGUGGUCUGGAUAGCUGUUCGGACUCUUCCCGGGGGAAUCUUCUGGGUGAUCGGUAUUUUUGCCGGAGUUUUGCCUCGGCGAAGAAGGGCAGCUCAGGUGUGAAAACCGGAGGGAAACGGAAUCUGUUGGUGGCUUCCGAUUGCUCUUGCUUUAGUUCCUGCUCCAACAUGGAACAUGGGGAUGUGGUUCAAGAUUUGCGUAUUGAGCCUACCUAUUUUAUUGAGAACCGUAUGAUACCAUGUACUGUUCUUGAUGAGAAGUUGAGUUGUCAAGUUACCAAUUUGAAGGUUGAGGAUGGGGUCACUCCUUCAGUAGAAGAGAGACUGUCAUCUUCGAUGGGAGAAUUUGUGCUUUCAUGGAAAUACUUCAAUAAGGACAAAUCUGUAUUGACUGUCCAACCUAUUCUUUUCACGCUUGAGACAUGGUAUGAUCAUUUACUGGAAACGGUUCCAAUUGGAAAACGCCAAUAUUCUGGGAUCUCUAUUCAGAAGUUUUAUUUGUAUCCUCUUCUGAGGUUAUGCACAAAAUGGCUGAAGUGUGCCUUUGAACAUCAAAUGUGUCAUGGAAAUCUUAUAGAUUGUAUCUUUUUCAAAACUGCUACUGAGCCACGACUUUUGAUUCAAAGAGGCGACGGUUCAUAUAGAACAGAUUUAAAAACUAUCAGGCACUUUUUGUUUGUGAUUGUUAACUGGAGGCCACGAGAGGAAUUAAAGACGGAGGAUGACAAAUUCAAUUACAAUGAAUUCAACAACAAUGUGCCACGUUAUUUGAUUGAUUUUCUUCAGCUGUUGGGUGCUUUUGAUGAGCUAACGCACAGUGUGGAUGUUGUUUUUAACCCAUCUUUUUUGUGGAGCAUUGAGAAGAAGUUCAAGCAUCUAGAGGAAGCAUUUGUCUAUUUCAUUAAAGAACCAAGACUCGAUGAAAUAAAUAGGCAUUGUUGCUGGCAAUGGUAUAAUGAUUUUUUAAGACUUCCUGCGCGUCAUGUUUUGAGGGAUAUAUAUAUGCUGGCAGGCGAACCAAGAAUUGUGCAGUUACGCCCAGGAGUAGCCAGGAAUGGGAAUCCAUACUACACAAACAAUGCACAGUUGUUGCGUCUAUUUCGCAAUACCAGGUGUCAUGUUACUGAAAUGCUUGGUGGACGUGGAUGGACUCAGGAUGUUGUUUUGGAGGAAUUUGAGGAGAGAUUCAAUAUUCUCUCUCGACUCUCCCAAACAUGUAAUGCAUAUGCAAUGGAUCGGCACCAAACAUCGCGCAAAUGGUUCCUUAGAAGGUUGGGAUAUAUUGCUAGCGAGAAACCAUAAGAUAUUAUCAGGCACGCUAUUGAUUUUUCUGUGGUUUUUCAUUCCAGAGGAUCUCUGUUGGCAGAUUGAGGGUAAUGAUUUUACAAUAUCUAGUAAAAAUGUAACAUAUUAUUUAGUUGCUUUACCCGUCUGACCUUUUUGCUUCAUCCUGUAGUGUAAUUGUGCGUGUAACUUCUCCCUUACGAAAUGAGCUUUAUAGUAGGAUCUUGAUCUUACGUAGGCAAUGAAUGUCUUGAGUUUUCUAACAGCUGAAGGUCUGUAUCUGAAAGUUGAAUGACAUUGAUUCUUUCGAACCUAUAUAUAUGCCAUCUAAUUCCUUCUCAAGUAAGGUCCAAAAGGGAUCACCAGCAGGUCUAUCCAAU